GAGCCAGUAGGCGAUCGCGGCCUCCAGAGGAUCGAGCGUCCGGGUCAGCCCGAGAGCUCGCGGUGUUUCACGCAACGAUGACUCGGCCCGAGUGCGGCCCCGGGGGCGGCCCGCCUCCGGCGCGACGCGCAACAAGUUAGAAGGCCCGCCCGGGGAUGCGACAUGGAUCUCCUCGCCGUAGCCUGCGCCCUCGUCGCCGCGGCCCUCUACUACAACACCCUAUACGCUGGCUUCGUGUACGACGACAGGCGAGCUAUACUGACGAAUGCUGACCUAAAGCCGAGUACACCUUGGUCACGACUUCUGGAGAAUGACUUUUGGGGCACGUCGCUGCGGGAACGCGGAUCCCAUGGCAGCUACCGGCCUCUAUGUGUCGCCACUUAUCGGCUCAACUACUUAAUGGGAGGCCUCGAGCCUCUAGGCUAUCACCUGGUGAACGUCGCCCUCCAUGCGUUCUGCACGGCCCUCGUUGUUCGGAUCGCUAAAAAGGUGUUGCCGGGUCAGACCCUGGCCCAGGCGAUAGCAGGACUGCUUUUUGCCGUCCACCCAAUCCACAGCGAAGCGGUCGCUGGUAUCGUUGGUCGGGCCGACCUCCUGGCUUGCCUCUUCGCCGAGGGCGCUUUCCUCUCCUAUGUGGCUCACUACGAGGGCGGACGGCCGAUACUUCAUUUGCUGCUCACCCUGCUCUUUUCCAUUCUGGCGACCCUCGCCAAGGAGACGGGCAUAUCCUCGUUGGCGCUCUGCCUCCUCUGGGACUUUUGCCAUAGCGAAACUCUCCUGCGCAAGAUGAAGAGUCGCUGGCCGUCGUCGACCCUCGUUGCCGGCAGUCUGGCCAUUAUCACACUGGGACGAUUACGCGUCAGCGGUGGCAGGGCGCCGGAAUUCGCGAGUGCCGACAAUCCGGUGGCGCGGCAUCCUUCGAGGCUCACCCGAGGCCUGACCUUCCUCUACCUGCCCGCGGCGAGUCUCGGGAUGCUUCUCUGUCCGUGCUCGCUGAGUUUCGAUUGGUCUAUGAACGCGGUGCCCAUAGUGAGCAGUAUCCGCGAUCCCCGCAAUCUCGAGUCCAUGCUACUCUACGGAAGUCUGGGCGCCGCCAUCCUCUGGGCAAUUCGUAGCCUGCGGCGUGCUGCCUCCCAGCCAGCUCACCAUCGAUCGCGCACGAGGUUUCUAACUUUAAUCACUUUUUCUUUUAAUCCGUACCAUUUUAGCUUUAUUCGCUCAUCAUUAUCGCCUCUGGCUCCAGGUCGGAGCAUCAGCAGCAUCAACAGCAGCAACAACAACAGCAGCAGCAGCAGCAGCAGCAGCAGCAACAGCACCAGCAACAGCAGCAGUCUGUUGAGCGGUUCCGGCGGAUAUCACGGUGAUUCGAACAGUUGUUUUUUUGGUUCUGGACUAUCAACGGGUCUUUGCCUCCUCGGUUCGACAUCGUCUUCAUCGUCGCGAUGUCCAGUGUGUGCAGGCCGGCGAACCGGUGCUUGCCACACCGACGGUUGUCGCGCCGCCAACAACAAUAACGGCCCCGUCGCCGAGUGUCACUGUCCCAAAAAGAAGCAGCAUCAAUUACUGCAGCAACAGCAGCAGCAACAACAACAACAACAACAACAACAACAACAGCAGCAGUACAGCAGCAACAGCAGCAACAACGGCACGUGUCGGCAAGGUGUGGGGCAAUCCUCGUCCUCCUCCUUGCUCACGAUACUCGGCUUUCUCGUCUUUCCCUUUCUACCAGCGAGCAAUCUUUUCGUCUACGUGGGCUUCGUCAUCGCCGAGCGCAUCCUUUACCUGCCGAGCAUCGGGGCCUGCCUCGCCGUCAGUGCCGCCAUCUCAGCCUCCUUCAACUUGGCGCGACGCAGGGGCUUCGUAAGGCUCGCCCGGGCCAUUCUCGUCCUCACGGCAGCGCUCCUCAGCUGCAUGGCCGCAAGGACUCUUCUUCGAAAUGCCGACUGGUACAACGAGGAGAAUCUGUAUAGGUCAGCUCUGCGCAUCAACCCCCCCAAAGCUUACGGCAAUUUGGGCAGCGUCCUCAGCGCCCAAGGACGAGUCAAUGAGGCGGAGGAAGCUUUCGUCGAGGCACUCCGCUAUCGACCGAACAUGGCCGACGUGCACUACAACUUGGGCAUUCUGCAGCAGGGCAGGAAGAAUUACGAGGAGGCCAUUCUUAGCUACCAGCGUGCCAUUCACUUCAGGCCAUCCCUCGCGCAGGCGUACGUGAAUCUGGGAGCGACGCUGGCGUCUGUCGGCAGGAGUACCGAAGCCGCUGCCGUAUUGAGGACGGGCGCCUCCCUCGACGGCUCGGCCCUGAAGGAUAAGAAAGCACACGAGGCGGCGAGGGUUCAGGCUCUCCUACAACUGGGUUCGCUUUACGCCGAGCAGGGUAGGCUGCAUAAAGCCUUGUCUUCGUAUCGGGAGGCCCUCAGGUUGCUACCCGACCACUACCCUCCACAGAGCGUGUACAAUCUGCUUGGUGAGACAUUGUCGCGACUGCAGCAGUACAACGAGGCAGAGAAGUGGUUCCAGGCGAGUCUGGCCAGCCAACCGGAUCACGUGCCUGCUCACAUUACUUACGGCAAGCUUCUCGCUCGAAACUCGAGUCGCGUGUCCGAGGCCGAGAGAUGGUUCCUGCGCGCUCGUAGGCUUGCGCCACACGAUCCCAGCGUCCACCAUCAUUACGGCCUGUUCCUGAGCAUGCAGGGCCGUCUGGCGGAGGCGGCCGCGGCCCACUUGGAGGCAGCCUCCCUCUCGCGCUCGGACUACGAGCUCGCGGUCGCCGCGGCCUCGGCCCUGAGGCGCGCCUCCCGCUGCGAGGAGGCCGAGCUUUGGUAUAAACACGCCCUGGGUCUGAGGCCAUCCGAGGCACGCAGCCACGCCAACCUCGGGGCGAUCCUUCACCUCAACGGCAAGUACAAGCAGGCGGCAGCGGCCUACCGGGAGGCUCUAAGGCUUCAGCCUGGCGAUGCAACAACCAUCACCAACCUGCACAAGCUAGCCGCCCUCCUCGCCUGAUUGCCCAGUCGACAAUGUCACCCGAGGGACUCGAUAAUAAAACACAUACACAAUCUCGCCGAGCGUUACCACCGUUAAUCUCUACCCGCUUAUCUUUAUCUGUAAAGGACACUCGCUCUAUUCCACGCGUCACACGUUCACACCCACACAUCCCGUACACUGGCGCACGCACUACGCGUACACGAUACUUAAUGUAAGGUAAUAAAGCUUUCUUUAUUUUUCUCUACGAAGCUCGGUUUUUCUACCUCUCUAUUCUUCUAACGUUACUUUCCUCGUCGUUACACUGCCUCUCCGUGAUCUCUACAAGCCUCG